AUGAAAGUUUAUUUAGGGAAAGAUAAAGACGAAAGAUUUGAAGGUCGAAGCGCAUCGGAAUCUGUUGUUCUACAUUUAGCAAAACAUGUGAAAGGGAAAGGGCAUUCCCUCUUUAUGGAUAAUUUCUUUUCUACUCUGCGACUUUUUCUAGAACUAAGAAAUAAUUAUAAGAUAAAUUGCUGCGGAACAGUGCAGAUCCGACAAAAAGAUUUACCUAAGGAUUUGACGGCCAGAAAAGCAGGUGAUUUGGAUAUGAAAUAUUCAAAUGGCCUCACUGUUGCGUGCUGGAAAGAUAAAAGAGAAGUUUAUGUUUUAAGCUCUAUGCAUGAACGAGACAGUGAACUCCUUCCAGUUAUGAAUAAUUGCGAAAGAACUUCAAAACCUGCACUCAUUCAUGAUUAUAACAAAAAUAUGGGAUAUGUCGACCUCAGCGACAGAAUGGCCAAUUCCUACGGAUUUUCGCGAAAGUCUCAAAAAUGGACAAAAAAACUUUUUUCCAUUUCUUGA